AUGAAGUGCAAAGAGACGUUCUACCUGCACAAAGGGAAGUGCCUGGGCACGUGCCCACCGAACACCACGGCCCGGCCCAGCACCCGGGAAUGCCAGGAGAUGUGCGAGAUGGGGCCCUGGAGCGAAUGGAGCCCCUGCAGCCACGAGGGGAGAACAUGCGGCUGCAAGUGGGGAGUGGAGACCCGGAUGCGCGAAGUCGUCCAGAGUGCCAAAGAGGAGGCAGUGACCUGCCCGGCCCUGCUGGAAUCCAGGAAGUGCCGAAUGAGGAAGUACUGUCCUGGAGAGAAGCCGGAGAGCAUCAAGAAAAUGAAAAGGGAAAAGAAACAGAAGAAGCAGAAGGCAGAUUUGCUGGCGGGCACCUAGCCAGCGCCCUGGCAGGUCGGACUGCGGGAGUCCGUGUUGCCGGGGCCUCAUGGGAGCACCAUCGGACACAGAAGGAGUCUUCACCCUGGAGGUCUCAGCAGCAUUUUUCCUUCUUGGCUUUUCUUUCUCCCCCUUUUCCUCCGAAUAUUGCACAGUCCCCACCCCCGCGCUUCUUUAGAGGCUGUUUGCAGCCCGUAAAACAUUUCCCCUUCCGAAGUUCGGAU